AUGCCCGGCCGCGCUACCUCGGGUUCCCAGGCGAAGGUGAAAGUCAAGGGAAGGGAGGAGCCCGAGGAGACCGGAGGACUGCUUAUUGAGGCGGUCCCUCUGUAUAAUUUGCUGCUGGGAAAGCCGUCGUACAAUGAACUAUCAGAGC